CCUGUCUCUUCGCUGUGUGGGUCGAAGCAUUUCAACAAGAGAGGAGCAGACGUCUUCUAAGCCAAGCCCUGCACAGACAUCACUGCCUCUGAUUCAACACCAUGGCCGUACGGGAUGUUCCCUCUCUGCUGCUGUUGGGACUCCUGGCUCUCCUUCACACCUGGGGAGCUAGCGCUAAAGUGGAAGUAAACAUGGUGGAGAAAGUGGAAGUCUAUUUGGGAGAAACAGCUGAAAUCAACUGCUCGUUUACAUCGGACGACGGCAUCAGUGGCAGUGGUGGCCUGUUGAUAAAAUGGUUCCAUGAAACAAGUUCAGGAAAAAGGCAAAAAAUCUACCACCAGGAGAGUCUUCAAAACAAUGAGGAAAAAAACACUCCAUUCACUGGCCGGAUCAAAGUGAAUAGUACGUCGCAGGAUGUGGUGAUGAUCAUCAGUAAUGUGCAGCUGAGCGAUGAAGGGGAGUUCAUCUGUGAGGUCCGGAGCGUUACUGAAGGGUCCAAGAAUGGAAGCACAAAGCUGAGAGUGUUUAAAAAACCAGAUCAACCUACGAUAGAAGGUGUAGAAAAUGGAAUAUCAAUAAAUGAUCCAAUUUCAAAGAUUGGCACAUGUGAGGUGAAAAAUGGAUACCCAAAACCGAAUGUCACCUGGUACAGAGAAAACACGCCACUACGUAAUAUUCCAGAUGGUGUGCAAAUAGCACAAGAGGUCACAUCCGAAUCAAGUGGUUUAUUUUCAAUAAAAAGUUACUUGUCUAUUAAAGUAAAGAAGGAGGACAAAGAUGCACAUUUCUACUGUGAGGUCCAAUACAACAUUCCUGGAGCCGAGAAGAUGUAUGAAAGUCAACGUAUUCAGCCCACUGUUUACUAUCCUUCUACUGCAGCAACUAUUUCUGUUAAAUCCCCAAACGGUCAUAUUAAGGAGGGGGACACCGUGGAGCUCCAUUGCAUCACUGAUGGGAAUAGUGAAUCCGAAGAGAUCCAGAUUAUACAUAAGGGUGUGAAGUUGACAGACGACGCUACAGCGGUGCUGGAGAGAGUUACUCGCCUGCAAGAUGGUGUUUACGAAUGCAAAAUAAUGAAUAUGUAUACGUUUGAAGAAAUCUCAGCAAACAUUGAUCUGAGGGUCAACUAUUUGGAUGAGGCUGUCAUUGAGCCUAAAGGCCCUUUAGAGGUGGUGCAGAAAAAUGAGCUUAAUACUUCCUGCAAUGCUUUGUCUUCUCUCCACACUGAGACAACAUGGCUUAAGGAUGGAAAGGAGGUUUCAAGGGGUCACUUUCUAAAUCUGGCUAAUGUGACAUAUGAGGAUGCAGGGACGUAUGUUUGUGUGGUGACAGUGCCAAGUGUUAAAGGAAUGCAAACUAACUCCUCACUACAAGUACACAUUCAGGGCCCUCCACAAAACAGCAUUCCUACAGAAAAUGAUAUUAACUACAAAGAUGAAGAUGUUGAACUUAGCUGCUAUGCCAGAGGUUACCCUUCUCCCAAUAUAACCUGGACUACCUCUGAUGACAAGGUUUUAGGCUCUGCAACUUACACAGAGACCAAUGACGGCGCUAAGAGUGUAGUCAAAGUCAAAGCUUCGGACAUGACCAUCUUCUGCAAAUCGCAAAACGGCUAUGGCACACACUCAGUCGAGUACAACAUCAAAGCCGUAAUCAAUAAACACACCACCACACCAGCAACCACUACAGCAGACUAUACAACCACUACAGCAGAUAAUACAACCAUCAAUGUAACCACCAAUACAAGCACAACCACCAACGCAGCCAUUUCCAAAUCCACAGUCAAACCAGAAACAGCCAAACCACCAGAGAAGGUCAAAAAAGGAAACAAUGGCGUUAUCAUUGCUGUGAUCAUUAUCUGUAUCCUGCUUCUGGCCAUAUUGGGGAGCGUCCUUUACUUCCUCUACAAAAAGGGCAAGAUUUGCAAUCGGUCUGGAAAACAAGACUUCACUAAAGAGAAGUCUGGCAAAGAUAAGAUUGUGGUGGAGAUGAAGAGCGACAAGUCAGAGGAGGCAAUUCUGCUUGGGGUCAAUGGAGAAAAACAGCUACCCAGUGACCAGUGAUGAGCACUGCAUGGUGAGAAGUGAGGAGGUGAACCUCGACCUCCUGAAAGCUGCUCCUGGUGCAUCCCUCUCAGGCUCAGACCCCGAGAUGCCUUCAAGCUUCCACCAAAGCUCCUUCAUUCAGAGUUACAUCAUGGAGUUAAUCAGCUGACCAUUACACUGUUCAACUUAAAAAGAUGUUUUCAUUUCUUGCUGUAGGUUAUGACCCAUAAGUUCAAUUCAAGCACAAUUGGAGAGCUCCGUUAUGUAACUCUGUCAUUCACCCACCAUCCUUUGAACCUCCGUCUCAUUAGUGAAAGCCUUCAUACUGCUGAUUGUCUAUUGAACAUGAAUUAGAGCUAAAAUGACAGGGUCUGUUUUGAACACAGAAGAGGAUAAAUGUAUUGCCUCCAUUGAUAAAGAUGUGUAAAAAUCCUGAAAUAAAUUCUUUAAUUAUGGAUCAUAUAUUCUGAAAAAGAGAGAAAAAAAUUAACAAAGAUAUAAAUAUAUAUAUAUCUAAAUAAAAUCCAGGUGUUUGAGAGAACAUCUGUUAUCUGUUAGGCUUAAUUAAAAACUUACCUAAACAAUAUUUUUUCUUUAAAUAACCUUUUUUUUUUUUUUAAAGAACUGUUCAACUAUCUUGGACAGUUCUUUCCUAAAUUAGUAUGAGGGAGACCUGACAAAAAAAUUUUUUUCUAGUGUGUUUAAUUCUGUGUUUGUCGGACAUAAUCAGACAGCUUAGGACGAGCAAAAAAAACAAAAGAAAAGCAGCUCUUGGGCAUUGAUGCGUUCAGUGGAAGAUCUCAUUUAACCGCAGAAUUGAAUCAAAAAUCCGGUGGCGCCUCAGAGAAAGCUAAAAAUGGUCCAUCACUGAUCUUUUAACGGAAUUAUUAUUCCAAAAGGAUUCCCAUGGCCAAAAUAACACAGAAAAAAAUAGAAGUAAAAUCAACCUUAGCCUUCAGUAGGUUAGGUCAAUCCAAAUAAUAUCCAGUUAAAGUUCGGAUAAUCCAGGAUUCCCAGUGAAAGACACGUAUUUUGAACCUUUACACAUCUUUACCACGGAUGCCAAUAGAUGUGGAAAGCGCUUAGUGACGUAGAAAUCCACUGAAGAGCAUCCUGAUGCAGCUCAGUUGGUGUACAUACUAUAGUCUAUGUAUAUAUUUCUUUAUUUAAAUAACACACAAAAAAAAA